AUAAAUGAAAUACGACGAUUAAAGUAACUUGGUAUGUACGACAACAACCAUUGUCGUUAACUGCUGUCAAGUUGAGUGAGGCGUAGACAACCUAGUUUAACAUACCUGGACGGGUCACUUAUACAACGUCAAGCAUGUUGUAGUGGAUAUACGUAUAUAUGUAGAUUUGACUGAAACCAGUUAGCCCCUUAACUGGAGGUGGUUCAGGCCACUACAAAAUGGCUCAUUAUUCUGCCUCCUUGAAUUCUGAAGCUCGCAGCAAAUCCAGCUCUAAGAGUAGUGACGAUGUUUUCUAUGAAAGUAAGAGACUGGAAGCUGCCCACAUAGUUGACCUUCUGCUGAAAGAAAUAGUCCAUUUAACAGGUGGAAGAGACAAAGAAGGGGGUCCAAUUUUGACUUUCCCAAUGCACAGGGAGCCUGUGAAUUUCAGCCAAAAGGACAUACAUGAUUGUAUUGAGUAUUUGUCACAAAUUCCAAGUGAAGAAUCUCAGUGGCUAGGAUUUACAGUGAUUAUUGACAACAGAUCAGAAACGUGGUCAGAUUUGUAUUAUCUUCUGGAGGUUUUAAAGAAAUCACUACUUGCACGAUUAAAAAGAAUUUUAAUAUUGAAAACAUCUCCUGAAGAUACUCCUAGACAUUUGAAUAUAAAAUAUUCUGACGCGAUUCAGUUUGUCACAUUAAAGCAGUUGACAAAUUUUAUAAGUCCCUACCAACUGACUGAAAAUCUUGGUGGACAGUUACCUUUUAAACACAGCCAUUGGCUUCAGAAUCGUAUGGAUUUUGAAAAGUUCAUGAAAGACUCUAAAUCAGCUUCAAAUCACUUAGAUCAUGCUGAAGCUCAGAUCCACCGGGUUUAUGCUAAAGAUAAUUCAAUAAGUCCAGUUGCUGAUUUGAAGAGACGCCAUAAAUGGAAUAGUACUGUGAUAUCUGUGCCUAAAAAUGUUAUUAAUUAUGGAAAAAUUCUGUUGAAUCAGUUGCAGAAAAAUGGUGAACAGUCUUUCAGUAGUGAAGAAGAUACAGUAUUUACUUUAGACAAUUUAGAAACUCAGAAACAAGUGAAACGAGUUAUCCAUUUUUUGGAGAGAAAAAUGGAAAGGUUGCUUCAAAUCCAAGAAAAUGAAACUCCCUCAACUGGAAGGAAAGAAAUAAUUUCAGAAUUACAAAUUUCUAUAAGUAAGGUUGUUGACUGGAUUCUUGGACCUGGUGAAAAACUACUUUCGUGCAAUAUUGAUAUUGGAGAUACAUGUGAAACAGCUGAAAAAUUCAGGAAAACGCAUGAAGAAUUGCAGAUCAAGUGUGCUGAAACAUACGGAAAUUAUGCUGAAUUGCGGCAUAAAGCAGAAAAACUUGUUGAAGAGGAUCAUCCAAGCUAUUCUGAUGAUAUCCUUGCACAAAGAGACUAUAUGGAUACAGUUUGUCGGAGUUUUGCUAGCAGAUUAGAAAGACGCAAGAUUCUGUUAAUAACCUCAGUUCGCUUUCAUCGUUUUGCUGAAGAUUUAUCAUUACAUUUGGAUGAAUUGUUGGAGUUUCUAUGUUCUGAAACCAAACCUGAAAAUUCUGCAAUGGCUGCAACUGAACUUGAUGAUCUGAAUGAGAAAUGCAAAAAAAUAGACCAGUUAGCUAUUCAAACUCUAAAUGAUGGACAAAGUCUCUUAGAUGAAAUGUCUCGGCCAAUGAAAAACUCUAUUGGAGUAGAUAUCACACCAGAUUAUGCUGGCCAAAUAAAACACAUCAAUAAAAGUGUUGAAGAUUUACAAGAAAGAAAGUUACGAUGUGAUGAACUUGCUGAUGUUCGACGACUUAAACUGCAGCAGAUCUUGCAGCUUUUCACAUGUGAAAAAGAUGCUGAUCAGGCAGUCCAGUGGAUUUUAGAGUUAUGUGAAGUAAUGGUGAAAAAUCACACUGAAAUGGGUCAGUCUAAAGAAGAUGCUGAAAAACUACAAGAUGACCACAAACGGUUUGAGUCCACAGCUCUUGAGACCUACCAUUAUGGAAAAGAACUCUUAGAAGCUGCUCUCUUUCUAAGACGAUCAUUAAGAUACAAUUUGGAUGGCAAUAAUUUAAUUGCUGAAAAACUUGAAAGAGCUUGGAAGAAAUUUUCUCAGGGAACUUUAGAACGGACCAACCGUCUUACUGUAUCGGUUAUGUUCAUGACUUCUUCUGAUGAGAUUCUGAAUCGUAUUGAUGAGUUGUUCACAACAAUGUUUGAUCUGACUGAACGCUCAUUACCAUUACAACCUGAAGUACGGAAUAAACAUCAAACUCUCAAGGAUAACCUUUCAACUGAUGCACAAGAAACCAUUGAGAUGGGUAAAGCUUUACUACAAAGACUUGCUUUGCCAAUAAUAGUACUGGACGAAAACAGUGAAAAUAUCAUAAAAGAAGAUGCCAAAGCUUCAAGUAUUAUUAUGGCACGAUUACAUAAAAUAGAACAAUCGUUAGGUGAACUAAAUGAAUUAUGGACUGAAAUUAACUCAAUUUCUUCAAAUAAACCAAAGGUUUAUCCAAGAUCAAAUGAAACUCAAAAAGCAAAACCGCAAUCUCAGAGAAAACCCUCUUACCCACCACGGAAAAAGCGUGAGCAGCCUGAACAAAUUUUCUCUUCUCAAAAUCAGUCUUUACAUAGUUCCAGGAAAAAUUUUUCAAAUGACAAUUAUCUUAAUGAGAACGUUGCAAACAUAACUGAUAGAGAUAUGCAGGGAAUAAUUCCUUCUGAGCCAUAUAUGUCCUCUGUUAUGACUGCACCAUAUGAAUUCAAUAAUGCAGCCCAGAAAGAUGAUGAUCUUCUUCAAAGGUUGCAUGAUAGUGGAGACUGGAUACAAGUUCGAGUGCACCAAAUGGAGCCAGAUAUCAUGGAUAUUGGAUCCAACUUCGAAGAAGCUCAAAGACUCCAUCAAGAGCAUAUUGCCCUCCUUAGUCAGUUGCAGGCUAAGGAGGGUGAAAUCAAGCAAUUGCUAGCAAAAGCUGAUACAAAUGUCACCGAAAGAGGAGAAUCCCAACGUGAUGUCUGUGCUGCUAUGGCAGAGACUUUAGGGGAGGCCUGGAAGGAUCUUAACGCCAAACUUGAAUUCCGUGGGAAACUUCUGGAGCAGAGUGUGGCUUUUCAUUCAAAUGCUAAUGAGUUUGGAAUCCAACUUGAUCAAGCCUUGAAAAUAUGUCUUGAUUUAACCUUUCCCAAAGAUGUUGAAAGUGUGGCAAAUAUGCUCCAACAACAUUUAGACCUCAAGAAAAGCAUUCUUGAAUCAUCAAAGCACACUCUAGAUUUAGGGCAACAACUCCUUGACAAAGUCAGAAAAAUGGGCAUGCAUGCGGACCAGCAAAACCGCCAUGCAACAACAGCAGCCUGUUAUGGAAUAGAACACAUCCUUGAGAACCUUCAUGACCGACGUAGAUACCUUGAAGAAAUGUGGGCCCAAAAGAAAUUGCAACUUGAGCAAUGCCUACAACUAUGCAAACUUGACCAAGAAGUCAACAAGAUAUUGGAAUGGUACCGCAUGGUUGGCGAAGUAUACCUACAAAGAAAUGAUCUGGGAGUUUCAUCCGAAACAACCCAAACUGAAAUUGAUACCUACCACAAAUAUGAACAAGAAGGAAUUAAUAUACAAGAUAAUGUUCUAAAACUAGUUCGAACCGCAGACCAACUUCUUCGCCGAGCUAAUUUCGAUGCCGAAGGAGUUCGCCAAAGGCUCCAGGCUGUGGACGAAACAAGUGAAACUUUCAUGAUUAAACUCGACAACAGAAGAAAGAACUUGCUGAUGGCUUUAUCAUUCUUCAAACAAGCAGAGACGGCUCUAACAAAGCUGGGGCAAAUUGAAGUCCAACUUAACACCAUGGACUUACCAAGGAAUAGCACAGCUCUUGCAGAAGAGCAUACCAAAUUAUUUAACACCAUUGUGGAAGUAUCCACUGCAGCCCUUCACGAGGGUCGUAUCCUACUUGAGAGGGUCGGUAGGGACGAUUCUGGGGCUAAUGGAGUUAGACAAAAGUAUGCUGAACUGCAAGAAUGUUGUGCUCGAGUUGAAUCAAACUGUAAGGCUCGACAGGCCGAAGCCUGGGAGAAGAAUCAAGCCUAUCUGAAGUUCCAAGAACAAUACAAAAACUUACAUGCUUGGUUAACACAGAUAGGCCUGGCUACUCUCAGUCGGCAUAAGGAUUUGGGUUCAAGCCUUGCAAAUGCAAAGGAUUUCUUAGAAAUCCAUCAACAAUUAAACGAAGAUGUCAGGGGCAAGGCUACUGACAUGCAGGCCUUAUCUGAUGCUACUGACGCCUUGGUUCAGUCAGGGGACCAAGAGAGUAAAGCAGCAAAAGAAAUGUAUGAGGCAUUGCAUCAACAGUGGUUGAAAAUCCAACACAUCAUCAGUCUUCGCAUUGAAUUGUCUCUCAUCUUUGUUUCAUUUCAUAAGAUCAUACAAAAUCUUGCCGCUUCUUCUGGAAUCUUUGAAAAUGUAUUAAAAUCAGAAACAGAAGAUUUACAAGAUAUUACAGAAGAUGCGGUGAAAAACUUGCUGGAAAUGUGGUCACAAACUAUUAAAAUCCACAAUGACCUGCAAGAAAAAGGAAGUGAAUUCCUACAAAAAACUUCCCUGGUUACUGAAGACUCAAACUUAGAUGUUGCCCAAUCAGUAACCUUGGUACAAAAAAUACUAACUGAAUAUCGCAGCCAUAUAACUACCCUUACUGAACAAUGGGAAAUAUGGCAGCAACGUGUCUCUUCCAGUCAACAAUUUAAAGUUCAAUGGCAUCAAUUUAUCCAAGAAGUUAGAAAGACUAUUACUUCAAUUACAAACAUUGAAAAAGAACUGUUUAUGCCCCAUAUAUCUGGUCAAGUGAGUGAAAACAAACAGACAGCUGAACAGUUACAAAAGAAAUUAGAAGACUAUGAACCGAUAUUAAAGGAAGCUGAAGAGAAAAUAAAAGAACAUAUAAACACAGCUGAAAUGUUGUCUUCAAAAGGAGACACAAAAGGGCAGAAGGACCAAAUUGUAAAUGAAUUGGUCAAGGUGCACCAACGCUUCCAGGCUAGAGUUACUGAAUACCAUUUCUUACUAAAAUUGACCAUACAGUUCUUUGGAUCCCUUAAUCAGCUUGAUGAACUCAUAAACAAAACUGAACAAGAGUUCUCAACUACUGAACUGCCAUCUGACCUUAACCAAGCUGAAAGGAUGCUGGAAGAGCACAAAGUUAAGAAAAGUGAAGUAAAUCAAUUACUUACUCAUACUGCCGAUGAAGGCGAAAAAAUAGUUGUCCGAGUUAGACAGCAGGGUGCUGAUGCUGCUACUCAGGCUGAAAUUAAACAUAUUAUGGAAAUUUCUGAAAAUUAUAAACGUCGCUGGAACCAGACAUGGGAAGAACAAGAUCGACGUCUAGCACAAAACCUUCAAAUUUGUCAGUUCAAUUUUGAUCUCAGACAGAUUCAUUCCGAAAUAGAUGAACUCCACCACCACCUGCAGGCCAGGCGUGGUAAUUAUGGCAAUAAUUUGCCUGCUGCAAGGAUGACAUCACAAGCUUUUAAACAGUUUGAAAUGACUGUUGAGCUUAUUGAAAAGAAGAUAAACAGUUUCAUUAGUACUGCUGAACUAAUGGUACAAGACAAACAUUAUGAUUCUGUACAUAUACAUCAAGAAAUUGAUGUCUUAAAGAAGAAAUGGAGUACAUUCCACACCAGUGUGACAGAUUACCGCUCUCUUUUGGAUAUUUCUGUGAUGUACUUCCAAAUGAUAGAAGAGACUGAGCAAUGGGUCAGAGAAGGUAAUCAAAUGCUGAUCAACAUUGGGCGUCAAGCUACUGAAUGUCGUCAGCCAUCAGAUGCAACCACAUUGAUUAUAAAGUUACAAAAGUUUGUUGAAAAUGAAAAACCGAUAAUAGAACAGAAAGUCAACAAAAUCUCUGAACUGUCACAUGAACUUUACGGUGAUCAAGGCGCCAACAAGGUUCGCCAUGUUGUAGUUUCUUAUCAAGAUCUUCUUCAGUCUUUCCAACAAGCUGAUAAUGAAUUGUCAGCUUUGAAAGUGAAACUGGAGGGUAAUGAGGCUUCGGGUGUUGAGGAACAUAUCCCAAUGCAGAUAGAUAUCCCUGUCAAUGAACAGGCAGUUGUGUUGAAGCCUCCCCGCAUUACUCAACAUCUUAAGAAUGCAGAAGUCCUUGAAGGAACUAAGUUUAUUUUUGAAUGUCACAUCGAAAGUGAUGAAAUUCCAGAGGUUAAAUGGUUCAAAGACAACCUUCCUUUAACAAGUCCUGAUUAUGAAACACGUUUUGAGAAUGGUGUAGCUACUUUAACUAUUGAAGAAACAUUUUCUGAAGAUACUGCUCGUUACACUUGUCGUGUGACAAACCAGGCUGGAACAGCCGAAUCUUCAGCUCAUCUAAAUGUUAAAGAAACACAUCAACAGAUAAUUCCACCAGAUAUCAUAAAGAAUUUAAAAUCAGCUGACAUUUUGGAAGGAAGUCCAUUUACCUUUGAGUGUCAAAUUACUGGUAUGCCCACACCUAGUAUCUCAUGGUACAAAGAUGACCAAAAUAUUGACAACUCUCCUGAUUUCGUCAUUACAAAAAUAAAUGGAACCUGUUGUUUGAAAAUCCGUAAAGUUACAAUGCAAGAAGGUGCACGCUACACUUGCCGUGCCAAUAAUGCCGGUGGUGAAGCUUCUUCAUCUGCUCGCUUGACUGUGAAACCUUUGGAGAAACCAAUUAUACACGAACCUCUGAUGAAUCGAACAAUUAAUGAAGGCAAAAGUAUUAGCUUUCGUAUUGUUUUCUCUGGAGUUCCUAAUCCUGAAGUUCUAUGGUUUAGAGGAACAGAACAAAUUAUCAAUUCCAAUGUUUUUAAGAUUUCAACUGAUCAUAAUAUUUCCAUAUUGGAUAUAAUGGAAGCUUAUCCAGAAGAUUCUGGUCCCUAUUCUGUAUUGGUUCAAAACCCUGCGGGUGAAGCUCGCUCAUCAUGCCAGUUGACCAUUGAACAAAUAUAUUCCAGUACUGGAGAGGAGAUGUCUCAGUCAUCAACUGAUGUUGAACCAGUAAAACCAUUUUUCUCUCAGCUUCUUCAAGCAACUGCUGAAGUUAUUGAAGGAAGCCGAGUUCGGCUUGACUGCAUUAUUGUAGGAAAUCCCGAACCUGAGGUGAUCUGGUAUCAUAAUGAUAAGCCAGUAAAAGAAUCAAAGGACAUACAGUUGUUAUUUGAAGGUGAUAGAUGUACUCUUGUCAUUAGAGAGGUGUAUUUAGAAGAUGCAGGUCUAUAUAGAUGUGUAGCACGUAAUCCUCAUGGUGUUGCUGAAAGUCAAUGCAAACUAAUUGUUGAAGCUCUGAGUGAAAUGAGUGACGGCUCUGGUACAGAUUUGGUUGCACCAACUUUCCCAGAACUGCUCACUGAUGUAGCCAGCAAACCAGGUGAAAAUGUUACUUUGAGAUGUACUGUUCAUGGUAUGCCAAUUCCCGAAGUUCAGUGGUUUAAAGAAGGUAUAUUGAUUGAACCAUCUUCUAAAUAUAAGACCGUCUGUAAUGGCGAUGUGCAUUCACUUAUAAUUCCUGAAACUUUUGGAGAAGACAGUGGCACUUUCAUGGUAAAAGCUGUCAAUCCUGCCGGAGAAGCUAAAUGUUAUGGAAAAUUAUUAAUUAAAUCUGAGAAACAGUCAGGAGUGGAACAAUUAACUAUGGUUCGUCGUACAGUUGAGAAAGUAACUACUGUUACAAGAACUGAAGAAAUUAAACAGUCACCUCCAGAAUUUACUAAAUUGUUUCAAGAUGUUACAGUGAAACAAGGCGAGCCAGUUAUGCUUGAGUGCAUAAUUACUGGAACACCUAAACCAAAAGUUGUUUGGCAAUACAAUGGAGACAUCAUUGAUAUAAGACAACAUCAACCUUGUAUGGAAGGAGACAAAUAUCGUUUGAUCAUUCCAAAAGCUAGUGAACGUGAUGCUGGAAGAUUCACCGUUACAGCUGAGAAUCCUUCAGGAAGAGCAACAUGUUCAGCACGAGUCAUUGUUGAGAAAGUUCUACCAGUUCCAAUGGAAGCUAGUUACCAAUCUCAAUUUACUCGAACAGUCACUCAAUCAGAAACAAGAUUAAGCCGGAUAAUUGCUGAUAUGCAAGAAAAGAGCAUGUCAGGAAUGGAACAUCAUUCUACUACCAUUACUACACAAGUACCACCAAAGUUCGAAGUAAUGGGCGCACCUGUUGCUACCCAUGAUAGAUUUGCUACCUCGAUCACAACUGAUCUCGCCCCACAAUACCAACAAGUAGAUCUCAGGAUUGAAGUUCCUAUACCACCAAAAUUCCUUCAAGCCCUCAAAAAUAUUACUGCUCUUGAGGGCACCAAAGUCACUUUUGAUGGUGUUGUCACUGGUAAACCUGAACCCAGUAUCAAAUGGUAUAAGAAAGAUAAAGAAAUUACUGACGGAGCAGACUUUGAAAUUUCAUACAAAGACGGCCGUGUUUCUCUUACCAUACCAGAAGUUCUUGAAGAGCAAUCAGGCCAAGUUACUUGUACAGCAUCUAAUUAUGUUGGAUGUGCAUCAAGUACUGCUGAACUGAUUGUUAGAGCUUCCAUGAUACCACCAUCUUUCACUGAAAGACUUCAAAGACGCCAAGUUAAAGAAGGAGAAUCUGUAAAAUUAACUGUUCGUGUUGCUGGUACACCUGCCCCACAAGUCAUGUGGUAUAGGGAAGGAUCCCGCAUUGUUAGUUCCCCUGAUUUUGAAAUCAUCCAAGAGGGAGAUAUUCAUACUCUCUACAUUCCAGAGGUUUUCUAUGAAGAUUCAGGAAAAUUUACUGUCAAAGCUAAAAAUCCUGCUGGAGAAGCAGAAUGUAUGGCUGAAUUGAGAGUGCAAGCACCCCCACCACCAGUAGUGGAGAGUUUUGCGCAUAUGAAACCUGUUGUGCCUACACAUCAGGCAGAUGUUUACAUGCGCCCAGUUGAACCACCACAGCCGAUUCAAGAACCUGUACAUCCUUCACCAAUUAGACAUGUACAAGCUCCUGUUCCUAAACCAGUUCCUAAGCCUGCACAAGAACCUACUCUCAAACCUACACAUAAAGAGAAACCUGAAAAACCUUCUCCAAUAAAAAGUGUACAACCUCCAGUACCUGUUCCUCCAGCUGAUGUUAAAAUGGACGUGGAUGAACCGGAACAAACUUUGCCACCCUUUGAAAAACGUCUUAAACUUUUUGACCAACCAGCUGAAGUACCAGAACCUGUGGUUCCAGCUGCAGUUAAACCACAGAUGAAACCUGCUCCUCAUCUUAAGCCAUCUUUCCCUAAGCCACUUCAGAAUAUUACUGUCAAUGAAGGUGAAAAAGUAAUCUUUGAAGUCAUUAUCACUGGUAACCCUGAACCUGUUGUUAAAUGGUUUAAAAAUGAAAAGAUUAUUCACAAUUCUCCAGAUUUUGAAAUCACAUACAUCAAUGGUGUCAGCAAACUUGCAAUUGCUGAGGUAUUUGCUGAAGAUUCUGGCCAAUACAAAUGUGUUGCUACAAAUGUACAAGGUACUAACACAUCCACUGCUUACUUAGAUGUAAAAGAACCUAUAUCAUCAUCAGAGGAAUCUCCUCCAGUUUCUGCAAAUGUACCUCAAGAAUUACCAGUAGUAAAACCUGUACCAGCUGUGCAAGUUCCUACUGCAUCACCAAUUCUGGGAGUUAGAAAAGUUCCUUUCAAAAUACCAUCACCUGCUCCAGUUCCCAAACCACCACCACAACCACCUGUUACUGAGGAACCACUUUUAGAACCAAAGAAAAAACCAACAGUGAAGUUUGGUGCACCUGUUACACAGCCUCCAAGAUUCAUUGAACCAUUACAGAAUGCCACACUAAUUGAAGGUAUCAAUGUGAUGCUUGAAUGUACCGUGAUUGGAAAACCUUUUCCACAAAUUAUGUGGUCACAUUUUGGACUUCCAGUUAUUGAAGAUGAAAACCAUCAUGUUUAUACUGAUGUAGUUACAGGCCGUUGUAACUUCUUGAUUUCUAAAAGUACAUUACGAGAUAAAGGUGAUUACACUUGCACUGCUCAGAAUAUAGCUGGUCAAGACGCUACUAGUGCAGUUCUUGUUGAAGCACCAAGUGUUCCCAAGUUGAUUGAUGGAAUUGAUCAUGCACCUAAAAAGCCUGUACCAAAACCUGAAUAUGUGCCUGUAAAGAAAGUGGAUGACAAAUUAGCAAAACCUGCUCCUCAGGAUUUCAAGACUUCUGCUUUUGAGGAACGUCUGAAGCAGGAAAUUCAAUUCCGUGCAGGCAAGAUUCAUUUCACUAGUGAUGUUGGAAGUACAAGUGAAUAUGAUUCAGAACAUCCCGAAGAUAAAGUAUCUGUUGGAAAAGAACAUCCCAGAAUAACACAGACACUGAAAAACUUCCGUUUAAUUGAAGGUUCAGAUGUAACAUUUGUCUGCAAAGUGACUGGAAAACCAAGACCAAAGAUUGCUUGGUACAAAAAUGGUGUAAGAAUGAAGCGUUCCGGACGUUGUGACAUGAAAUAUACUCAUGAUGGUUACUGUACUCUAAAAAUUCGACUUGCCAUACCAGAAGAUGCUGGCCACUAUACAGUACUUGCAGUGAACUCAACAGGAAAGGACACUUGUUCUGCAGAGCUCUAUGUGGACCCUGUAGGACCUAUUGAUGCCACUUCAUUUGUUGAACCAGAAACACUAGAACGAAUGCUCAGAAGAGACCAAGAUAAAAUUAAUCAAAAAGCUGGUGGCAGUGGAGUUUUUGAAAAAGCUUCAAAGCCUGCCUUCCAAGUUAUACCAGAAAACCAAGAAGCCCGUGAAGGUCAAACUGUAAGGUUUGAUUGCCUUGUGACUGGACGACCUUAUCCUGAAAUUAGUUGGUACAAAAAUGAAAUAGAAAUGCGUAGUGAUGACUACCACAAGGUGGUUGUGAAUGAAAAUGGAAUACAUUCCUUGAUAAUUCUUUCUGCCACAAGACAAGAUCAUGGACAAUAUAAAUGUGUUGCUCGAAACAAAGCUGGUGAAGCAGUGUUCUUCGUGACAUUAAAUGUUAUGGAACGACAAGAAAUACAUCCACCACAUUUUGUUGAACGUCUUCAAAAUUAUAAUGCUAAAGAAAAUCAAACUGUCACUUUGACUUGUACUGCAGUUGGUUGCCCAUUGCCAAUGAUGAGUUGGCAAAAAGAUACCAAGAUGCUUUCCUCUAAAGAUUAUGAUAUAUCUACUGAAAAUGGCCGUUCUACAUUGACUAUCAAAAAUGCCACUCCAGCUGACUCAGCUUGGUUUCAAUGUUCUGCUGUCAAUGUUGCUGGAUCUGCCCUUACACGAGCUAGACUCAACGUUAUUGGAAAAGGUCCACAACAACCAGUUACAACUCCAGAAGCACCAAUGUUUGGAGUUAGGAGGAGUACUUCUCCCAAAUAUGAAAUUCAACCAAUUGGUCCUGUUCAACAAAUAUCUUAUGCAACAGAACAUGACAGUGCAACUCUGCGACUUUUGAGAGAAGAUCCUCUCAGAAGUGAGGAGAUUCCAGCUCCUAUAGAUGAAAUGGUUGUUUGUGCACCAGCACCAACAACUGAAACACCAGUUGACGGUCAACCUACUGAAGGGGAACCAGCAUUCAAACCUCCAUCUGUAGCAGAAGCAAAGUUGAUUUUUGAUCAAUCUGGCAAACCACUGCCUCCACCAGCAACACUUCCAAGAGUUCAACCUAAACCAGAAUUUAUACCAAAACCUGUACCAAAACCUGCACCUGUUCAGGAGAAAUUCAUUUCACCAGACAAAAAAGUGAAACCUGUUAAAGCUCCUGUUCCUGUCCCUGCUCCAGUUCCAGUUCCAGCUGAAUCAACAUUGCCACGUGGAGAUUCACCACCAAGCUAUGAAAUUCAGGAAGAAGGACCAGUACAACAGAUUAGCUAUGCUUCUGAGAUAGGAAGCGCUGUGCUCAAAAUUGUUGAUCAAGUGGAUAUAAUGAGGGAUGCAGAUAAGCCAGUGAGGAAACGUAUUCCAGCUCCUGAAUUGACUAAACCAAGCAAAGUGGAACCAUAUACUGCACCAAAACCUGCACCAGUUCCUGAGCCCAAACCAGCUCCUAUUAUUCCAGCACCUCCAGUUAUUAAGCAUGUUGAAAGUCCAAAAUUACCCAAGAAGGCUGUACAGCCACCAGCAGCUCCUAAGCCACCUGCAGCUCCUAAGCUACCAGCUGCUCCUAAGCCUCCACCAAUUACUCCAGUUGCAAAAGUACCAGUUGCAAAACCACCUGGAAGGAAAAGAAGCCCCAAACCGGUAACAAACAAUGAAAAUGUUGCUAAUGCAAAUGUGAAAGCUCCAUGGAAUGCUGCAAAUAGUGAAGUUUAUAAAGCACUAAUGGAAGAAAAGACUGGAAGAGUCACACAUGAUGACCUUAUCAAGAUGGAAGCUGAGAUACAAUUACAGAAAAUGAAGCAAGAAUCUCACAUACGCCGCGCCUGUGUACAUCCAACUGAAAUUAUAUACAAUACAAGCAAGAAAAGGAGGCCUGUUUUCAGAACUCAACUGAAAAAUGUUGAAGUUGCUGAAUAUGACCGCACACAUUUGGAAUGUCUGUUGACUCCUAUUAAUGAUCCCACAAUGAAAGUGGAAUGGUUAAGGGAUGGACAACCUUUACCUUAUGGUCAUCGUUACAGACCAGUAUAUGAAUUUGGCUAUGUUGUGCUUGAUCUUCUUUUCACCAUCCCAGAGGAUUCAGGCAUUUAUACUAUAAAAGCUACAAAUGCAUAUGGUGAAGCAACAAUAAAUGCAGAAGUUGUUUGUCUAAACAAAACAUCUAUUAUUAUUGGAACUCAACUUCCUGAAGGCCAAGAAGCAAUUGCCCGUUUACGUCAGUUGGAGAGUUACAAAAAUAUUUCUCUUAUGGUUGGAAACUAUACUGACGAUGCAGAUAUUCCAUCAGAACCUGCACCACCCAUUAUUGAAAUUAAACCAGAACCGGUUGAAAUUGAUGAAGGAGAAACUGCUAAGUUUAUUGUUAAUGUUAGUGGUUAUCCCCGACCAAGAGUUACUUGGUGGAUAAAUGGAAGUCUUGUUGCAGGAGGAAGCAGAUUUAAAGUAAGAUAUGAUGGUGUGAUACAUUAUCUUGAAAUUCCUCGUGUAAGGGAAUAUGAUGCUGGCCAAAUAAGAGUUUUAGCCAAAAACCAACAAGGUGAAGCUGAAUGUAUUACUACACUUAAAGUAAUUCCAAAGGAGGACUGGCGUUCACAUUUGCGACAUGCUCCUAAAGGUGAUCUCCAGAUUGAACUGGAACGCCGAAAGAGAGUGGAACUUCGCAGUGCUGAACUUAAAAUGGCUCAGAUGAAGGGUUCAUUGGCAUCUUUGGAGUUGGGAAUGCUCAAGCAUGAGACCACUUUCCGAAGAGAUACAACUGAUGCUAACUUACAAAAGCUUCUUGCUGAAGAUGCAUUGAGACAGAAACUUAUAGAUGAACAAUAUGAGAGGAUACAAAAGACAUCCACUGAAACAAUAACAUUUAAACAACCAGUCAAACAAGAGCCUCCUGUGUUUGGUAUUCCACUUUGCCCAGUCAAAGUUCUGGAGGGUACUUCUGUAACACUCAAAGUGCACUUCACCAGUAAUCCACCUCCUAUUAUUACCUGGUACAGAGAUAGCAUUGAAAUUCACAAUUCAUGGGAUUUCCAGAUUCGAGUUACUGAGACUUGCAGUACUUUACAUAUUUCUGAAGUAUUCCCAGAAGACUCAGGAAUGUACACAGUUAAAGCCUAUAAUAAAUAUGGCAUGACACAAUGCAAAGCAAAGAUGACUGUUAUGGAAGAAGAAGAAGCUGCAAAAGAAACUUCUCCUGAAUUUCGUAACUUACUUCGUGAUACCAAAGUUGUUGUUGGAGAACCUGCAACCUUUGACUGUGAAGUUAUUGGGAAACCUAAACCCAAAGUUCACUGGCAAAAGGAUGGCAAAAAUAUGCCUGAAAGUCCACGGUGGAAAUUCAUUCAUGAAGAAAACCACUACACUCUCCUUAUUUUUGAAGUUCAGCCUGAAGAUGCUGGAACUUAUGCUUGUGUUAGCAUUAACACAAAUGGAAAGUCAACAUGUACUGCUAAACUGAUUGUUGAUGAACCAGAUGUUACCAAAGAAUCACAUGCACAUCUGAAGUUGGCCAAACAAGUAAAACAAGUAAAAGCUACUCCACCAGCUAUUAUCAAAAAGCCAGAAAAUAAAACUGUUCCAGAGAGUGAAAGUGUUAGUUUCUCAUGCAAAAUCACCGCUAAUCCACCUCCGGUCGUAACAUGGUACUGUAAUAAUCACCUUGUGAAACCUUCAAAAUAUUUCAACAUGGUUUCUACUCCUGAUGGUGUCCAUACUCUAACUCUGUUGGAAGCAUUUCCCGAAGACAGAGGUCAAUACAGAUGUGUGGCACGAAAUGUUGCUGGAGAAAUUUCCUCUGUUUGUUAUCUCAAUGUUAUUGGUCUUGAAAGUGAAACAGAACCAGAGACUCCUGAAGUUCCAGUUUCACCACCCAGUUUUAUUAAACCAAUUUCUAACAUUGUUAUCGAAGAAGGUUAUCCAACAUACUUUGAAGCAGUAUUUACAGGAGAACCUGAUCCAGAAAUUACUUGGCUUCGCAAUGGUAAAAAGAUUAAGAACACCAGAGACUUUAAGAUUGAGAGAGUUGGUCAGACAACAUUACUUACUAUCAGGGAAGCAUUUCCUGAAGAUAGUGGUCUUAUCACUUGUCGUGCACGGAACAGUGCUGGUGUUGCUGAAUGUUCUGCUGAAUUCUACGUUCAAGAGGAACAAGAGCUACCAGAAGACAAAGUUUCUCGUGCAGGAAUGAAAUUAGUUCAACCAAAAAUACCUGUAUUUAAGAGAUCUCUUUCUCAAACCUACAAAGUGAAACGAGGACAAAUUGCAAGACUUGAAGCUCAGGUUGAGGCUUAUCCACCACCACUGGUGAAAUGGUAUGUCAAUGGUGUUGAAAUUCUACCAUCAGAUCAUUACCAGAUGUUCCAAGAAGGAGAUACUGUUGUCUUGAUCAUCAUUCAUGUUGAUGAAGAGGAUAUUGGAGAGUAUGUCCUGAGAGUUGGAAACGAGCUUGGUGAAAUUACAUGCAGGACAACCAUUACUUUUGAUGAAAAACAAAAGGUUGUGCAAAUACCAGAUAAACCUGAUUCCGUUACUAUUAAAAUGAUUGAGAAAGAAGAAAAGACUAUUACAACUGAAAUCAGGGAAAUAAGGCCUAUUUUUGUUGAGCCUAUUCAACCUGAGGUGUUCGUCCGAGAAAGAGGAAUUGCAAGACUUGAAUGUUCAGUAGAUGCUCAUCCUCCUCCUUUGAUUACUUGGUAUAUCAAUGGAAUGGAAAUCAAGCCUUCUCCACAUUAUGAAAUCUUUUACGAAUCUGGUAAAAGUUUGCUGAUCAUUAUUGAUGUUGGACCAGAAGAUACUGGUGAAUAUACAUGCAGAGCAGUUUCAGAAUUAGGUGAAGCUGUGUGCAGUACUACCUUAUAUGUUCAAGAACCUGCUGCAGAAAUGUCACCACCUCCUGAAACUGAAGAGGAACCUCCUGUAGAGGACUUUAUGCCACCAAACUUUGUCAAAGACUUAGAAACAAUGGAUGUGGUCGAUGGCCAAGAAAUAAAAAUGAUAUGCAAAGUUGUUGGAAAGCCUAUUCCUCAUGUUUCUUGGUUCCACAAUGGAACUAAUAUUGAUAACAAUGAUGAAUACGUCAUUUCAUACAACCCAGAGACAGGAGAUAUUUGUCUCCAUAUUGUGGAAGCUCUUCCAGAAGAUCGAGGAGAUUAUGUUUGCAUGGCUAUCAAUCAAUAUGGACAAGCAGCUACAUCUGCUCGACUGACAGUUCAUGAACCAAAGAAAGAAGAAGUCAUUGUUCCUAUUCAGAAGAAAGAUCAGAAAGCCAAACCAGCUGCUAUUCCUCCUGAAUUUGUGGAACCUUUGCAACCACAAACUGUUCAAGAUGGUUCUCAGGUUGUAUUGACUUGCAGAAUGAAUGCUUAUCCUGAACCCAAAAUCACUUGGUAUAAAGACUCAAUUGAGAUUGUACCAAAUAAUGAUUUCCAGAUAACAUUUGAAAUCGAAACUGGUAGAUGUAAGUUGAUUAUUACUGAAGUCUAUCCAGAAGAUGCAGGAGAAUAUACUUGCCAUGCCAGAAACAUUUAUGGAGAAUCUGUUACUUCCACAACUGUUAUUGUUGAAACUUCAAUCACAACAACUGAGACCACAACAAAAUCUGUGACAACCAUUCCUCUUGAUGAAAGCAUCAAAUUAGUUGAUGAACGUUACAUUACUUCUGUUCAGAUGUCACCUCAUUAUAUUGAACCAACUGAGGUUUAUCAUGGAAAACCUGUCAGACUAAUAUGCCAGUUGACUGGAGAACCCAAUGUCUCCUGGUAUAUCAAUGAGGUUGAAGUUCGACCAACACCUAACAGGAAAAUGUUUAUUGAACAUAAUACAUCAAUAUUAUUGAUUGUAAAUGCAACAUAUGAAGAUACUGGCGAAUACAUUUGCCGUAUGGAAAAUAAAGAGGGUGUAUCAAUAAGUAGAGCAUCUAUCAAUGUGAUGAAACAAAUUGAAGCACCACUUACUGAGCCAGCAGCUCCUGAAUUCACAGAAUUACUUCAGCCAUAUACUGUUCAUGAUGGCGAUAGAGCAGAAUUUAGAGUGCGUUUCACUGGCCAACCUUUGCCAAAAAUAACAUGGUUUUAUGAUGGCAAAGUUAUAACAUCCACCAAUGAUAUACAAAUUACAGUAGAUUAUGAACGAAAAGAAAGUAUUCUCAUUAUUGUGGAAGUAUUCCCUGAAGAUGAAGGAGAAUAUACUUGUUCUGCAUCAAAUGAGUAUGGUGAGACAAUAACAACAUGCAAACUGACAGUUACAUCUUCAUCUGGUAGUGAAGCUAUUGAAUCUGAUGAAACACAUAAACAAACCAUUAUAGUUGAUCAGCCGCAAAUAGUAGAAUUACCCGAUGAAACUGUCUAUCAAGAACAUGUAGACUUUCAAUGUGAUGAUCGAAGAGAAUCUGAAACUGAUCUAUUUUAUGAUGCACCUGAGGAAGUUACUCAGACAGAGGAAAUUAAAACAAUAUCUACAACAACUUCUUAUUUUGAGCAAACUGAAGAAGUUCCAGCUGAUGUAAAAGCUACUGAGAAACAUACUACUACUUUAACAGUAGAUCAAGAAGGAAAACCUACACCUGUGGAGUUACGAUUCCAAGUUAGUGAACCUGUGACUGAAACUAGAACUGAAAUUCAUGAAUCAACUCACAUAACUUCCGAAGAAAUUCCUGCUAAGGAUGAUGUAGUUAUUGAACGUGAAGACAUCCAUAAAGAAACAAUUGAAAUACUUCAUAAAGAACAACCUGAAAGUGAACCUGUAGUUGUUUCACAGAAAGAAGUACAGCCUGUUCUUCAACCUCAAAGAAUUGAAGUUGAAGUUAAGGAGCAUGUUAUGAAGAUGAAGUCACCUGAGGUUCAAGUAGUUCUGCUCCCUGAUACAGUUGAUGCACCUGUUUCAGAAGCAGUUGAAAUACCUGCACAAACUGAUGUACCAGUUGUAGAAGCCAUUGAAAUACCUGCACAAACUGAUGUACUAGUUGUAGAAGCAGUUGAAAUACCUACACAAACUGAUGUACCAGUUGAAGUUAUUGAAGUACCUGCACAAACUGAUGUACCAGCUGUAGAAGCAGUUGAAAUACUUGCAAAAGCUGAUGUGCUAGUUGGAGAAGCAGUCGAAAUACCUACACAAACUGAUGUACCAGCUGUAGAAGCAGUUGAAAUACCUGCACCAACUGAUGUACCAGUUGAAGUUGUUGAAAUACCUACACAAACUGAUGUACCAGUUGUAGAAAUUGUUGAAAUACCUGCUCAAACCGAUGCACCAAUUGUAGAAUCAGUCGAAAUACAUGCACAAAUUGAUAAACCAGUAGUUGUAGAAGUAGCUGAAAUACCUGCACAAACAGUAGAUAUGGUUUCAGUUUCUCGCGAAACAAUUGUUUUGAAAAAAGAGGAACAGCCAGUAAUUGAAGAGGUCAUAAAGGAAGAAAUAAAAGAGAAAGAGAAACCAGUUGAAAAAGCUGGUAAAGCACCAGUAUUUACUUGGAAUUUGACAUCAUUGAAAGUUAUGGAUGGUGAAGAAGUAAAAUUUCUCUGUGAAAUCGAUGGUCAGCCAAUGCCAGAAAUAGUGUGGUACCACGAGGAAGUACCUAUUUCUGAAAACCAAGAUUUCAAAUGUACAUACAAUAAGGAAACUGGAAGUUGUUCUUUACUGAUUUCUGAAGUAUUCCCACAAGAUGCUGGUGAAUAUAAAUGUGAAGCAACCAAUGCUCUAGGUACUGCUGUUAGCAGAGCGUAUUUGGAAAUAGAAUCAUAUGAAUAUAUUCCUGACAGUGAAGAAGCUUCAUCACAGGAAGCUCCAUCUCCAAGACCAAUAUUGGAAGAAACUGAAUUGAAGCAAUUGUCUUAUGAAGAAGUUAAGAAAUUGAUUCAAGAAGAAACUUCAGUUGCUGAAGUUUCUACUGAAUUGCCAGAAACUACUGUAGUUGAAAAGCAAUAUCACACUGCUAAAACUGUGGAGAUGGUUCUGACUGGUGAAGCAGAAUCAACUACUGAUAUUACUCAGAAACAAGUUGCUGAGUUCCAGAUCACAUCACAAAUAAUUAAAGAUAGUAUUCAAAAAGCUGAUGUAGAAUCACCAAUCAGUGCUAGAGCAGCUUCCCAGAUACAAAUCCCAGUUCAAAGUCAGUUGAGUGAAUUGCAGUCAGUUCCAGAAGAACAUGUCAAAUCUGAAUCAGUCAUUUCUGUUUCACAGCAACAUGAAGCAGGAUUUGCCACUGAAACGAAAGUUGUUGAAAAGGUUGAAGACUUGGAGCAACCUCAAAUAUUUGACUUUGAACAGAAAAUAGAAACACCUGUAACAAGGGAUAUUGUUAAAGUUGAAGAGAAAGUUGAACAACUGCUUGCAGCAGAAAGCAAGGUAUCUAUUGAAACGGUGAGUGUUGAUCAACCACAAGUAUUUCAUAUUGUUAGCAGUACUGAAGAACAAACAACCGUUGAAAGUGUACCUGGAGUUACCAAAGAAGCUGAAAAACGACAACCAACAGUUGCAAAAUCUGUCACUAUGAAAGAAGUCACUGAAGAAUCUAUACUUACUGAGUUACAAGAACUUCCAGAAGCAACAACUGACAUGGAAGAAAUCACUCUGGAUAUCCACAAAGUGGAAGAGAAACAUGCCAGGGAAAGUAAAGUACUUGUUGAAAUGGAAAGUCUAGAGCAACCAGAAGUAGUAAGUAUUGAUGGUAAAGUUCAAGAACAAACACAUAUUCAGAAAAUAGAAUCAGUUACCAAAGAGGUUGAAAAACAACAACCAACAGUCGCUAAGUCUGCUGUUAUCAAAGAGGUCAUUGAAGGAUCAGUUGUGACACAGUUGCAAGAAUUUCCUGAAGAAACAACUGAUGUACAAGAAAUCACUUUGGAUAUCCAUAAGGUUGAAGAGAAAUAUGCCAAAGAAACUAAAGUAUCUGUGGAAAUGGAAAGUCUUGAACAACCUGAAGUUGUUGCUAUUGAUGGCAAAGUUGAAGAACAAACAAAUGUUGAAAGUAUUCCUGGUGUUACUUUUGAGGUUGAGAAACAACAACCAACAGUGGCUAAGUCUGUUGUUAUGAAAGAACUAACAGAAGAAUCUGUAGUGACACAAUUACAAGAACUUCCUGAAGAAACAACUGAAAUGGAAGAAAUAACUUUGGAUGUUCGUACAGUUGAAGAGAAACAUGCCAAAGAAAGUAUAGUAGCUGUUGGAUUGGAAAGAGUUGAGCAGCCAGAGGUAUUUGAUAUUGAUAGUAAAGUUCAAGAACAAACAACUUCUUCUGAAGUACAAGUAAUUGCUGAAACAUCUGCAAUUGAUUCGCCUAUUAUUUCUGAAUCAACACUCCUUUCAGAAGAUGUUCCUGAAAAUGUUGUAACUCAUGUUAAGGAACUAGAUCAGGAAACAACCUCAGGACAGGAAAUUGUUUCUGUUGUUCAUAAAACUGAUCAACUUUUACCAAAAGAAACUAAAGUAGAUAUUGAAACUGUUGCUAUUGAGCAUCCAGAUGUAUUUAGUAUCAGUGAAAGUGUUGAACAAAAAACAACUGUUCAAGAAAUUGAUAAGGUUAUUACUGAAACUAUUGAGAAACACUUACCAACUGCUGCUAAAACUGUUGCUAUGCAAGAACUCAUUGAAGAGGCAACUGCAAGUGAUGUUCAAGAAGAAGUAGAAGAAAAGACUGUUCCUGAUGAAGUUUCAUCCAUACGUGAACAAUACAUGCAAAAUCUCCCUGUUGAAAGUAAAACAGCUGUAGAAAUAGAAUUGAUAGAACACCCAGAGAUAUUGAAUCUUCCAGAAAAAACAGAAUAUAAGCCUAGUACUCAAGAAAUUAAGCAAGUUACAACUAAACCUGAGAAAACAUAUCCUACCUCAGCAAAAGCAUUUGCUUUAGAGGAAAUGACAGAACAUGCAACUACAAUGGAUCUUGAAGAAGCUCCUGUAGAGACUUUGAAGAGUGAAGGGGUAACCAGCUUCCAAGUACAGUAUGAACGGAGAGUGGAAAGGGAAACUCAAGCUGCACCUGAUGAAUCUAUAAUUGAAGUGCCAGAAGUUGUAAACGUUGCUGAAAAAGUGGAACAAAAACUUAGUAGUGCUGAAAUGAAAGUAGUAAAAGAAAUGGCUGAAAAAUCAAUGCCAAUCAUGAGCAAAUCUAUUACACUAGAAGAAUUUACUGAAUCAUCUUCAAUAAUAUCAUUGGAUGAAGAAACUUCAUCUCAACCAGUUGUUGAGGAAGUGACAGCUCCUGAAGAGACUACUGGCCAUAUUUCUCCUAAAACAGCAAAGAGCAUUGUUCUUGAAGAGAUAUUUGAAAUUCCUGAAGUCAAGCAACUGGAGGAAAAUAAAACUGAAAGUAUGGAAAAACCUUCUAGUGUACAAGAUUUAGAUGUGAAAUAUAAACCAUCUGAUGCCUUCCUUACUCAAACAGUGCCACUUGAAGAAGUUGUUGAGGAACAUAAAACAUAUGAGUUAACACGUGAAGUUGAAAAGCAAACAGAUGAAAGAGAGGUAUCACCUCUAAGUAAUGUCUGUGCACCCUCAGCUCCUUCUGAAAGUAAGGCAGAUAUCACUGAAGAAUUACUUGAACCAUCUGUAAUUGAUAAUGUGAAACAACAAGAUACAUUGAACUUGAGUGUUAUUGGUGUUGAGUUGGAUACUCAAUCUGUGAAAACACAACCAAUCACUGAAACCACUACUCGCUCUGUUGUAGAAGCUUUUGAACAACCAAAUUUGACUGAAGUCACACAUCCAUCGACUGAAACAGCUAUAGCUAAAGAUAUGCCAAUUGAAACUUUGGAAGCUCAAUAUGAAGAGGUACCUGAGAUUUUGGAAACAUUUGUUGAAAACCUUGUAACUGAAGUAAUUUCAGAAACUGUGGAAGAAAGUAAGAUGCCUUCCUUUGAAGUCAGCUUAAAAGAUAUUUCUGUUGUUGAAAAUCAUGUUCUCCAUAUGGAAGUAUUUGUCAGUGGAACACCUACUCCAGAAGUGAAAUGGUAUUUGAAUCAAGUUGAACUUGCUCCAUCACCAGGCGUUCAUAUCAGGCAAGAAGGUUAUCGUUCUGAAUACAUCGUUGAAGAAGUGUUUCCCGAAGAUCAAGGUUUAUAUUCUGUUGUUGCAACUAAUGAAUUUGGCACAGUGACUUCAUCAGCUUAUAUUACUGUAUUGUCUGCUUCUCCAAUUGAAGAAGAGCAUAAGGAAGUCACUAAAACAUUUGUGGAAGAGAUUUCAAUAGAUGCAAAACCAGUAAUGGAACAAGUUAAUAUUGAAAUAAUUGAUAAAACAUAUGGAAUUCAGAAAGGUGAAAGCUUUGAAAGUGAAGAAACAUUUGAAGAAUGCAUUGAAGGUCAGCCAGUUUCUGAUGAUAGUGAAGAUCAUUUUGAAGAAUGCUAUCAAGAUGAUUAUGUGGAAUCAGAAAUUGUACCUGAUGUAAGAAAAGAAGAGCACAUUGAAAGAGAAACAAUAGUUCAAACAGUAGGCAUCCAGAUUCAACCAGCAGAAGUUUCAAAUUUCAAAACAGAAGUUGUAUUGUCACCAGAAAUUAAAAAGGAAGAAAUCAAAUUUACUGUAUCUCCUGAACAGAUAUUCAAAGAAGAAGUUAAAAUAGCUACUGAACCAAGCAAUUUUGUGGACACAAUAACUAUAAAUGUUGAUGCUCAGAAAGAAGUUGUCAAAGAAAUUGUAAAAACUGAGAUGACCAAAGAUGUAGCUGUGGAAUCCAGUUUUAAGAAUGUUCUUAUGUUAGAGCCUACUAACAUUUUAGUGGAUGUGGAUGAGCCUGAUACAAUACCAUCAGAAACAAUGCAAAUUCACUUUGUUCAGGAAUCAAAAGAAACUGUUAAUGAAGAAAAAUCAUUAAGGUUUUCUACAGAUUUUGAAAAUAUCCAGCCAGAAACAUCUGAGAAUUUAGCCAUAAACAAAGCAGAAAUCACAUCCAAAACUGAAGUUUGUAUAAAUGAAAUUUCAGAUCAUUUGACAAUGGAAAAAAGUGAAAAUGUCAUUGCAGAAGCAUCUCCAGUAGAAAUGAUCAUUGAAAAUAUAGAAUCUGAUAUAAGAGUUAUUCAAUCAGUUGAAAAACCAGUGCAGAAUGUUGAACUAAUCCCAGAGGUAAUUGCUGCUGAAAAUGCUGAUGCAGUUUAUCAGGAACCUACACCAGUUGAACCUACACCUGAAGUGAUUGAAUCUAAAGGUGUAGAACAACAUGUGAUUACCGAAAAACAUAUUCAAAAUGUUGCAGUCUUACCUGAAGAUUUGCCAGUGGAAAAUGUUGAUAUUUUCCCUCGGGAACCAUCACCUGUUGAGACUACACCUGAAGUGAUUGAAUCUAAGGGUGUAGAGCAGCAUGUGGUUACUGAAAAACAUGUUCAAAAUGUUGCAGUGUUACCUGAAGUUCUACCUGCUGAAAAUGUUGAUAUUUUCCCUCGGGAACCAUCACCUGUUGAAACUACACCUGAAGUCAUUGAAUCUAAGGGUGUAGAACAACAUAUGGUGACAGAAAAACAUGUUCAAAAUGUUGCUGUGUUACCUGAAGUUCUUCCAGCUGAAAAUGUCCAUAUUUUCCCUCGGGAACCAUCACCUGUUGAAACUACAUCUGAAGUCAUUGAAUCUAAAGGUGUAGAGAAACAUAUGGUGACAGAAAAACAUGUUCAAAAUGUUGCAGUUUUACCUGAAGAUUUACCGACUGAAAAUGUUGAUAUUUUCCCUCGAGAACCAUCACCUGUUGAAACUACAUCUGAAGUCAUUGAAUCUAAGGGUGUAGAACAACAUAUGGUCACAGAAAAACAUGUUCAAAAUGUCACAGUCUUACCUGAAGAUUUGGCAGCAGAAAAUGUUGAAGCUUUCCCUCGGGAACCAUCUCCAGUUGAAGUACAGACCGAACUUAUUGAAUCAGGAUCUAAAGAUACACAUGAAUUAUCAGAGAAGCUUGAAAUUAAUGUUGAAGGUUCUUCAGAAGAUACUAUUCUUGACUUAUUAGUUGUUGUGCCCAGAGAAGAAUCUCCAGUUGGUACAACAUUUGAUUAUGACACCACUGAAACAACAAAAGAACAAGUUUUAAUUGUGCAAAAAGAAAUUAAGGUUGAUGAAUUGCCAGAUACUACAGUUAUUGAAUCUUCUCAUGAUGUCAUCAAAGAAGUAUGUGCUAUAGAACCUAUAGCUGAAAUUGUUCCAUCAUCUGCUUCUCAGAAGCCUUUUAUUACUCAAGGAUCCGUCUGUGCUGAGGAAAUUCCACAAGAGACUGAGAUUGAUAAAUUGAUAAUUAUUCCUAGAGAAAUCCCUACUUCAGCAGAAAUUCAGAUCGCUGAAAUUACUGAUAUGGUGAUACCAACUGUAUCAGAAGAAAUGAAUGUGUAUGAGGACAAACCUGUAGAAGUUGAGGAAGAAUCAUUUGAAGAUGCAGCUGAACCAUCUGAUGAAGAAAAGGAAAGCCUUGAAGAGUUCACAGAAUGCAUAGACAUUGCUGUGGAACCAGAAAUAUCACCUGUGAAGGAAGAGAUUAUUGAGACUACUAGAGACAAAACUUCAAAAGUUAUGGUUCAAAUCAAACCAAGAGAAGAGAGGGUGGAGAAAGCAAUUUCUGUAACAAAUCUUGUUCAGCAUGAAGUUUCUUUAGCUGAACAUGUACCUGUUAUUAUGCAAGUUGAAGAGAAAUAUAAAGUAGACAAAACUAUUCCUGUUACAAGACCUAAAAAGAGUGAUAUAAAAAUAAAUGUUUCUGAAAAUAUUCAGAAGGAUAUAUCAAUCUCAGAAUCAUCUUUGUUCAAAGAAUCUGUAAAUGUGGUAACCAAACCACAGUUAGAAGAGAUUCACAUGGAAAUUGUUCCUGAAAAGAAGGUUGAUGUUAAAGAGACUGUAGAAAUUGUUCGGAAAGUUACAGAAGAAAGAAUUCCCGAGAGAAAGGAAGAACCAGUUGAUAAAACUGCUGUAUUUAAAGAAGCUGUGGAAAUCUCACCCAAACCAGGUUUUCAGGAAGUUCAUAUGACAAUUGUUCCUGAGAAGAAGGUUGAAGUCAAGGAGACUGUAAAAGUUGUCCAGAAAGUUAAAGAGGAAAUUACCCCCAAGAAAAAGGAAGAACCAGUGGAUGAAACUGCAGUGUAUAAACAGGGUCUUGUAAUUGCCCCCAAACCAACUUUUGAGGAAGUUCACAUGACUAUUGUUCCGGAGAAGAAGGUUGAUGUCAAUGAGACAAUGCAUAUUGUCCAGAAAGUUACUGAACAAAUUACACCUGAAAGAAAAGAAGAACCAGUGGAUGAAACUGCAGUGUAUAAACAGGGUCUUGUAAUUGCCCCCAAACCAACUUUUGAGGAAGUUCACAUGACUAUUGUUCCGGAGAAGAAGGUUGAUGUCAAUGAGACAAUGCAUAUUGUCCAGAAAGUUACUGAACAAAUUACACCUGAAAGAAAAGAAGAACCAGUGGAUGAAACUGCAGUGUUUAAAGAGGGUCUUGUAAUUACCCCCAAACCAACAUUUGAGGAAGUUCACAUGACUAUUGUUCCGGAGAAGAAGGUUGAUGUCAAUGAGACAAUGCAUAUUGUCCAGAAAGUUACUGAACAAAUUACACCUGAAAGAAAAGAAGAACCCGUUGAUGAAACUGCAGUGUUUAAAGAGGGUCUUGUAAUUGCCCCCAAACCAACAUUUGAGGAGGUUCGCAUGACUAUUGUUCCAGAGAAGAAGGUUGAUGUCAAUGAGACAAUACAUAUUGUCCAGAAAGUUACUGAACAAAUUACACCUGAGAGAAGGGAAGAACCCGUUGAUGAAACUGCAAUAUAUAAAGAAGGUCUAGAAAUUACUCCCAAACCAAAGUUUGAGGAAGUUCACAUGACUAUUGUCUCUAAAGAAAAAGACAUUCCUGUUGAAAGAAAACCAGAGAUGCAUAUUGAAGUUAGAACAGUUCCUGAACAACUAAAUGUAACACAAAAAGAAACAUAUUCCAUAGAAACAAUUGCUUCACAUCCUAAAGAACCUGAACCAGAAUUUGAAAAAGAAAUCAGGAUCAUUAAAAAGGAUUCCACAAGUGAAAUUGUAAAACAAAAAUCUGAGUAUAUUCAAAAGACCAUUGAUGUAUCAGAGAUUCAUAAAAAAUCUACUAAGCUGGAAGUUAUAAAAGAGUUCCAUGAUAUUAGUGUCCGUGAAAAAGAUACAUUUACUCUUGAGAUAAUAUUUGAAGCACAUCCUGCUCCAUCAAUUACAUGGUAUUUUGAAGAUGUAGUUAUCGAAUCUACUGAAGAAUUUUUAAUUGUGAUUGAAGAAAACAGAACUAUGAUUGUUGUUAAACAAGCUAUAUUAGAAGAUGAAGGAGAAUAUAAAGUGAGGAUUGAAAAUGAUGCUGGUUCAUAUGUAUCUACUGCCUACGUUACAGUAUUACCCUUAUCAAUUAGUGAUACUGAAUUUGAAACCCAGCGAGCAGUUGUAAGUGAACAGGAGAAGAUGGAAAUUAAGCAAGAGUUCCACAAGUUUGAGAUUAACAUUGAUGUUAGUAGCCGUGGAGCACCUCCAAAACCAGAACCACUCCCUGUAGCAGAAGUGAAGCCAUUGCUUGAAAGAACUGAAACAACUACAAUUAUCACGGAACAGACAGUAGAAACAGUUACUGAGUCAACAACCAAGAAAGAAACAACUGAAGCAGCUCCAACAGAAGGUGAUUUGCCAGUUUAUACAGAAAUAAAAGAGAGAGUGGAAGAACAGGAAAAGACCAAAGAUAUACCAGGAGUAGUAUUACAAAAGGCUUCAGUAAUAGAUGAAAUUUCACAUCCAUUUGAAAUAACUAAAGGUGUAAAUAUGGAUUUAUCUUUCCAAAUAACUUCUAAAGAAGUGGAAUAUUCUCCAGAGGAGAUUGAAGUAGUCCAAGAUACUGUGAAACAGAAGGCUAUUGAAAUAGAUAUAGGAAAACCACAUGAAGUUUAUGUCACUCAAAGAGAACAAAUAACAAUUGAACCAAUUAGUAAAGAAUUGACACAAGUUGAUAUCAAACCUGAAACUAAAGAGGAAGUUUCUAUUCAACUUGACGUUGGAGAGAAACCUGUUGAGAAAACAGAAGUUAUAUCUAUUGAUAUUGGUAAACCUGAGAAACCAGUCAGUGAAAUUGAAGUGCAAGUUGCACCUCAUGUACCUGAGAUAAUUUCUAUACAAAAAGAACAGAUAACUACAGAUAAAAGGGAAAUUUUAAUUAGCAAAGAAGAAACUGAAGUUAUUCCAGAAAUUUCUACAGUUGAUAUUGUGCAAGAAAGUACAGUUCAAAUGGAAGCUAAAGAAAUGGAAAUUAAAGAGAAGAAACCACAACUUACUGAUAUUACAACAAUUUCUACUGCUGUAAUGAAGGAAAAACAACCAGAAGAAGAAGUGAAACCUGUUUCUGAAAUUCAACCAACAGAUGUAUCUGAGAUGGUAAUACCAGAGGAAGUUGAAACUGCUAAAGUUACCUCAAUUAUAACUACAAGCACUGAGGAAAGGAAGACCAAGAUUUCUCCAGAGAAAAUUAGUGAUAUUCCUGUGGAAAUGGUAUUAUCAAUUGACUCUAAGAAAGUCACAUCUGAAGAUCAGGUACCAAUGGUUAUAAAGACUGAACAGACAUAUACAACAGGUGAAGAAGAGGUGGAGAAAGAAAUUACAGUGCAGACAUUGGAAAUGCCAUUACAAGACACAGUAACUGUAAAACCAGUGGAAGAAACUGGUAUUCAAAUUUCUGUGAGUUCUACAAAAGCAUCUGCUAUUGAAGAAGCUCCUGUUGAAGAUGUAACUGAGAAGGUUGUUGAAAUCAGCAAGGAAAGUGAAAUGAAUCCUGUGAGUAAAGAAGUGAAAGAUAUCUCUGAAAUGACCAUUAUAAGUGCUCCAUCAGUAAGUGUUGUGAGUACAGCUGAAGAAGAACUUUCUGAAGAAGAAUUCUUUGAUAUUCCAUCAACUGAAGAAAAGAAAGUGGAACCUAAAGAGGUUUCUGAUGAGGAAAAAGACACAUUAGUUAGUGUACGUGAUGAGAUUCGCACAGCAGAAGAUGUGCUAGUUGAUGCUAUUGAACAUAUCACUGAUAUAGAGAAAGAACAUGUAGAGAUACCUAUGUCUGCAGCUGUUGUUAGCACUGAUCUUCAAGAGAUUACAAUUAAAAAGACAAUUCCUACUGAAAUUGUACAUGAGCAAGUAGUUUCAAAGGAACCUGUUGAAAAGACAGAAGUUGAUAUUAAACCAGAAGCUAAAGAGGAAAUGUCUAUUCAACUUGACAUUGGUGCUAACCCUGUUGAGAAAACAGAAGUUGUAUCCAUUGAUAUUGGUAAACCAGAAAAAGUUGUCACUGAAAUUAAAAAGACAGAGGUUGAUAUUAAACCAGAAGCUAAAGAGGAAAUGUAUAUUCAACUUGACAUUGGUGCUAACCCUGUUGAGAAAACAGAAGUUGUAUCCAUUGAUAUUGGUAAACCAGAAAAAGUUGUCACUGAAAUUAAAAAGACAGAGGUUGAUAUUAAACCAGAAGCUAAAGAGGAAAUGUCUAUUCAACUUGACAUUGGUGCUAACCCUGUUGAGAAAACAGAAGUUGUAUCCAUUGAUAUUGGUAAACCAGAAAAAGUUGUCACUGAAAUUAAAAAGACAGAGGUUGAUAUUAAACCUGAAACUAAAGAGGAAGUCUCUAUCCAACUUGACAUUGGUGCUAAACCUGUUGAGAAAACAGAGGUCAUCUCCAUUGAUGUUGGGAAACCAGAAAAAGUGGUAACUAAAAUUGAAAAAACAGAGGUUGAUAUUAAACCAGAAUCUAAAGAGGAAGUGGCUAUCCAACUUGAUAUUGGUGCUAACCCUGUUGAGAAAAGAGAAGUCAUGUCUAUUGAUGUUGGUAAACGUGAGAUACCAGUCGGUGAAAUCGAAAUGCAAGUGGCACCUCAAGUACCUGAAGUUAUUUCUAUACAAAAAGAACAGAUAACUACAGAUAAGAAGGAAAUUUUAAUUAGCAAAGAAGAAACUGAAGUUAUUCCAGAAAUUUCUACAGUUGAUAUUGUGCAAGAAAGUACAGUUCAAAUGGAAGCUAAAGAAAUGGAAAUUAAAGAGAAGAAACCACAAAUUACUGAUAUUACAACAAUUUCUACUGCUGUAAUGAAGGAAAAACAACCAGAAGAAGAAGUGAAACCUGUUUCUGAAAUUCAACCAACUGAUGUAUCUGAGACGGUAAUACCAGAGGAAGUUGAAACUGCUAAAGUUACCUCAAUUAUAACUACAAGCACUGAGGAACGAAAGACUAAGAUUUCUCCAGAGAAAAUUAGUGAUAUUCCUGUGGAAAUGGUUGUAUCAAUUGACUCUAAGGAAGUCACAUCUGAAGAUCAGGUACCAAUGGUUAUAAAGACUGAACAGACAUAUACAACAGGUGAAGAAGAGGUGGAGAAAGAAAUUACAGUGCAGACAUUGGAAAUGCCAUUACAAGACACAGUAACUGUAAAACCAGUGGAAGAAACCGGUAUUCAAAUUUCUGUGAGUUCUACAAAAGCAUCUGCUAUUGAAGAAGCUCCCGUUGAAGAUGUUACUGAUAAGGUUGUUGAAAUCAGCAAGGAAAGUGAAAUGAAUCCUGUGAGUAAAGAAGUGAAAGAUAUCUCUGAAAUGACCAUUAUAAGUGCUCCAUCAUGUACGUGA